AUCGCUACGAGACUCGAGUGAUCGAUGUCGCGAGAUUUUCGCACAGUGAAUAUGAACCGAUCAGCUGUUUGAUCAAGAGGAAUUGUUUUCAAUUCCAUUCAAUCUGGAGACUAUCCGAUGCUCUUGUAAGAUAUAAAAAUUCACUCUUUCAGAAUUGAUUUGCCAGAUGGAAGAUGCCGAUAAAGAGAACUGCAAAAUAUCUUUGAAGAAUGGUGAGUCGAAGUUGCCAUACGCCGUUGAAUCUCUGUUGAUGCUGGAUAACACGUUACUGUGCAACAUAGAACCUGACAAUGGAUUGCACAUCUCUUCAGAAACAACCAAGCCUAUCCAAGAAUUCAAUGAAUCGUCAGUACAAGCUUUCAAAAAACAGGAGGCAAGCAAAGCAACAACUAGUGUCAAAGUAUUCCCCAACGUAAACGAAUGGCAAGACAAAACCUUAAUGAAUCAAAUAUUUGCUCAAUUUGAUUCGCAAACAGAGGAGGAGAUUGCUCCAGAAAGUUGCAAUAACAUCAGUAGUUUUGAUAUGUUUGAUACAUUUUACAAAGAGGAUCCGAACUCUGAAUUAGUCAAUAUAGAUCAUAAUACUGAGGAAACAUCCUUAGAUCAAUUACAUAAAAAUACUUUACACCAAGAUGUUUUGAUGAGUAAUGCAUCGUGUUUGCAUAUCACAAACUUUGGUGAUUAUACCUUGGAAGAGAGCGUUUUUAAAAGAGAUAACACAGUUGGUUCACCAAUUUUAAAAACCAAGUCUAGAACUUUAAAUGAGUGUAAAAUAUUUAAAAAAAGAUUACGUUUAAAUGACGAUGAAUCAGUGUCCAAGGAGAUGGAAAAGAAAACAAAUUGUCUUUCAUUUUACGGUUUAUCAGACACUGUGAAAAAAUUGAUACAAGAAAUUAAAGGAAUUUGUGAAUUAUAUCAAUGGCAAGAUGAAUGCUUAAAACUGGCUAUUAGAACCAAGAAGAAUUUAAUUUAUGCUCUGCCAACGAGUGGUGGCAAAACCUUGGUCGCAGAGAUAUUAAUGUUGAGAGAGAUUAUUUGUAACAAAAAGAAUGCUAUUUUUAUACUUCCAUAUGUGGCUUUGGUACAGGAAAAGGUUCAAUCAAUGGCUGUACUAGCAUUAAAAUUAGGUUUCUUAAUCGAGGAAUAUGCUGGUACCAAAGGACGUUAUCCGCCAAUCAAACGGCGAAGAAAAAACAGCAUUUACAUAUGUACCAUAGAGAAAGCAUUAGGACUUGUAAAUAGUUUAAUAGAAACAAAACGUUUAACCGAGGUUGGUAUUAUAGUUGUUGAUGAAUUACAUCUGCUUGGAGAAUCUGGAGGAAGAGGAGCCACGUUAGAAGUGCUUCUUACAAAGAUAAUGUUCUUCAGUGAUAUAAUACGUUUGAUCGGAAUGAGCGCGACGAUAGGUAACUUAAAGGAAAUCGCACAAUUUCUUAACGCAGACACUUACACUCAAAACUUUCGACCAGUUAAAAUAACGGAAUACGUGAAAUGUGAGAAUGAUAUCUGGAUAGUCGACUUAAAUAGUGAUGAAAUAUUAGUUGAUAUGAGCGUUAAUGAUUACAAGUAUACAGAUAAUAUAGCUAUGUUGGAUCCAGAUAGAAUUGGAGGCUUAAUAAUGGAAGUCAUACCAAAUGAUUCAUGCCUUAUAUUCUGCUCAAGUCGUAAAAAUUGUGAAAAUGUGGCUUUAUUGUUAACCAAAAUCUUGCCUAAGACUUUGUAUGAUCACAAACUAAAUGAAAAAAAAACCUUAUUAAAUGCCCUUAAGACUGAAGAAGGAUUAUGUCCCAUUCUGCAGAAAACUAUCAAACUAGGCAUAGCCUAUCAUCAUUCUGGUCUUACGUCUGAAGAAAGGCGUUUGUUAGAGGGUGCCUUUAGAGAAACUACUAUAUGUGUAAUAUGUUGCACAUCGACUUUAGCGGCUGGUGUCAAUUUGCCAGCAAGAAGGGUGAUCCUACGUAGUCCUUACGUUGGAAAUCAGUUCUUGAAUUUGAGUAGAUACAAACAAAUGAUAGGUCGGGCUGGUCGCGCUGGUAUGGGAGUUUUAGGAGAAAGUAUACUUAUCUGUAGAAAAUCGGAAAUCAAUAAAGUAAAAAAUUUGUUGACUUCUCAGAUGGACGACUCACUGAGUAGUUUAUAUGUAGAAAACGACAAGGGACUUAACAAUUUGAUUCUAAGUACAAUACAAUUAAACAUGGCAUCGACUAGAUCUGAAUUGCAUAAAUUGACAGCUACGACUUUACUCAGUAUUCAACAAAAUAGAAUAGGCAUUAAUCUGAAGGAAAUCACAGACGAAACGAUAACGGCGUUAUUAAAAUGUGGCGUAAUAAAAGUAAAGAGUAAAGGCAGUAAUACUGGUAGUCGUAACGUGACUGUCAUCAUUCCGUCUCAAGAAUCCACUUGUGUGAAAAAAUUGCCGAGUAAAAAGGGAGUAAAAACGGUUAUGUUUACAAGUGAAACUGAAUUUCAGCUUUGUGAUUUGGGACAAGCUGCAAUGAAAGGUAGUGACAAGAAGUUUUUAUUUAUUUUUGCUUUCAAAUGUAUAUUUCACAAUGGAUUUAUUGCAGGGCCGAUUGACUUAAAAACUGCAUAUACAUUGUAUGAGGAUUUAAAAGCAGCUCAGAAGCAUUUAAUUUUAAUCGACAAUCUUCAUCUUCUAUAUCUUGUCACACCUUAUGACAGUAUAUCUCAAAUCACUCCCAUUGGCAGUAUUUAUUAUGAUGUGAUAAUGGAGUUAACUGAAAGUCAAAUGCAAGUUGCUAGGCUUCUUGGAAUAACAGAAGCUGCGGCCAAUAAAUUACGUGAUGGUAUAAUACCCAAGUCCGUCGAGACGAGGGUAGUUCAUAGAUUUUAUGUGACGUUAAUAGUAUACGAAUUAUGGAACCAUCACACAGUUUAUUCUGUAGCCGAGAAAUAUCAAGUUAAUAGAGGUGUUAUACAAGGUCUUUUAAAUGCAGUCUCAAUGUUUGCAUCUUCUGUAGUUAGAUUUUGCCAGGAAUUACCCGAGUUUUGGGCUUUUACUGAGAUGUUAAACACAUUCAGCAAAAAGUUAUCUUAUUGUUGUCCAGCAGAACUGGAAAAGUUGAUGGAAUUGCCAUCAGUUAAAAUAGGUAGAGCUCGUCAAUUGUACAAAGCUGGCUAUAAGACUUUGCAAUCUAUAGCGAAAGCUAAUCCAAGAGAAAUAAAGGAACACAUUCCAUAUUUAAGUAAUAAAAUAGUCGCGCAAAUUAUAACCGCAGCAAAACUUUUAAUAUUGCAAAGAGCGGAGGAUUUAAAAGAUGAGUGUGAAGAUAUAUUAGACGGUAUAAAUAUAAGUCAAAUAGUAGUUGAUUUAUAAAUAUUAAUAAUAAUUAUUAAAAAUAUUUUUUCUAAACGAGAUAAGUCUCAUGAAAAAAUUAAUUUCAUAGAGACCUGACAAAAUGAUAAAUAUAAAUGAAUUAUAUCUUCUUUAGAGAAUGAAUUGAAGUUAAUUAUGUAAAUUUAAAAUUAUGAAUUAUAUAUAAAUAAUGUUUCGUAUAAUGAUAUAAUUAUGUCUGUUAAGUAUUUAUGUAAUAUUAAUAAAUUAUUUUUAAACUGAA